AUGAAAUUCAAUAGUAAUUUUUUGUCUAAAUUAAAGAAAAAGAAGAAAAAAAAAGAAAAUGAAUUGUUAAAUGAAUUAAAUAAAAUUGAGGAAAAAUGGCUAAAAGGAGAUGAUAACAAAAACAAGGAAACCAAAAAUUCAGCGAAAAGAGAAGAAAUUCUAGAGUUCAUACAAAAACAAGAUGAAUUUAAAAAUAUUAAAAAAAUUGUUACUGAUAAAAUAGAAGAAACAAAAAAAAAUGUAUCAUCAAAAAUUAUUAAGAAUGAUAAAGGAUUGCUAAAAGAACUUCAAAAGCAAAUUGAAGAAAAAAAAUUACGACAAGAAAAACUAAAUAAAGAAAAUAUCAAGAGAGAAGAAAUUGAAACUACAUAUUUGUCAGAAGUUGAAAAAAAACAAAAAGAAUCAGAAAAAAAUAUUAUUUUAAAAAAUAAAGAAAGUGCAUUAAUAAUAAAAAAUCAAAUUCAAGAAAAUUAUUUAAGAAAACAAGAAGAAGAUAGAUUAAAAAUCAUAGAAGGAAAACUAAUGCAAAAACAAUUUGAAAAAAAUAAGAUUGAAGAAUUAGAAAAAAGACAAGAAAAAAUCAAAGAACAAAAAGCACUUUACAAUUACAUGUUAGACAGCAAUAGAAAACACAUUGAAAUUUCAAAUGAAAAGAAAAGAGAGGAGAAGAAAGAAGAUGAAGAAUAUGCAAGAUAUUUAAAGGAAAAAGAACAACGAGAAAAAGAAUAUGAAGAAAAAAUAAAAAAGGAAAAAGAUGAAAAAGAAAAAGAAAUUCAAGAAAUAAGAAUGAAACAAAAAAAAAAUGUUGAAUUAUUAGCUCAUUUUGAUGAAAUCCAAGCAUUCAAAUGGCAAAAAGAAAAAGAAAUUAAAGAUGAAGAAAAAAGAGCUUUAGAAGAAGAAGAAAAAAAGAAAAAAAUAGAGGAGUUAAAAAAUGCAAGAUUAAUUGCUAUGGAGGAAAAGAAGAAAAAAAAAUUAGAACAAUUAGAAGAGGAUAAAAAAGAAGGAGAAAUUUUGAAAAAUAUAUACGAAAAUUAUGUACUAACUUUUGAAAACAUAAUAAGAAUAAUUCUUUUAAUAUAUAUAUAUAUUUACAUGUCUAUUUUAUAUAUAGGAAAAAGAGAAAAAAGAAAAUGA